AACCUAGAACUCUCCCAAGUCUCCGAUCGUCGUCGGUCUCUUCGGUCGUUCAUUCGCUUCGUCUUGUCGCGGAUCUGUAGUUUGGAACGAAAGCGCAUCCUUCGUUCUGGGCCUUGCUCUGUUCACGGAAAACCUUCCUCUGUUCGUCGCCCCGUCGCUGCUCUGUUCCGCAAGAACCUCCCCUGUUCCUCACCGGAAAAUCAAGAACCGUCAAGAAUCUUGUUCUUGGCCCCAAAAUGUCCACCCUCUCGCAGCUCAUCCAUUUCCCAUGCGCGUCUCUGUCAUCGAAGCCGCCCCACCGCCAAUUCUCCCCCAGGCCCUCGGUUCUCGCCGUCGCCGGCCCCGCAAUCGCCGGCAAUUCAAGAAUCCAGCCCCGCCGCGAGCCGGGUCGCUUCCGGCCCGUGUUCCGGGUCAGGGCCGCGGACGACGGCGAGUGGGUGCCCGAGAAGGAUGAGGAGGAGCCGGUGGGCGGGGCCGGCGUGGCGGUGGCGGAGGAGGAGCCGCCGAAGGACGUGGCGGAGAUCGCCGGGCUGAAGAAGGCGCUGGUGGAUUCGUUCUACGGGACGGACCGCGGGUUGAGGGCGACGAGCGAGACGAGGGCGGAGAUCGUGGAGCUGAUCACGCAGCUCGAGGCGCGGAACCCGACCCCGGCUCCGACGGAGGCCCUGACGAUGCUCAACGGGAAGUGGAUUCUUGCGUACACCUCUUUUGCGCAAUUAUUUCCAUUGUUGGCAAGGGGUACCCUGCCAUUGGUGAAGGUGGAGGAGAUAUCUCAGACCAUUGAUUCGGAGAAUUUCACUGUCCAGAACUCUGUCCAAUUUUCUGGUCCACUGGCAACAACUUCUUUUAGCACCAAUGCCAAAUUUGAAGUCCGAAGCCCCAAGCGCGUGCAGAUCAAGUUCGAUGAAGGCAUCAUUGGAACUCCGCAGCUCACGGACUCAAUUGUCUUACCGGAGAAUGUCGAGUUUCUGGGACAAAAGAUUGACCUCACUCCUUUCAAAGGUUUAAUUAACUCUGUUCAGGACACUGCUUCCUCUGUUGCAAAGACCAUCUCCAGCCAACCGCCCAUCAAAUUCUCUCUCUCGAACAGCAAUGCCGAGUCAUGGCUACUGACCACCUACCUCGAUGAAGAACUCCGUAUCUCAAGGGGAGAUGGUGGAAGCGUCUUUGUUCUUAUCAAGGAAGGUAGCUCCUUGUUGUCACCGUAAAUGACUAAAAGUGAAGACUCCUUUUAGCGAUCAACGUACUUUGUUUGAGUGAAUAUCUAUGUUUGAAACUGUGGUGUAUGUGGAUGAGUUAUAUAUAAAAAGUUUAAAGGAGUUUUAAAUA